ACGACAUAUUUAUUCUUUUGUGGAAGUUCAAGGUACCAAGUCAGAAUGAAUUUUUUAUUAUACUCCGUGGUCUAUUACUCCAGUUUACUUCUAACUCCUUUCAUUGUAUAUUCGGUCUUUUUUCGAAAAACAGAACGUAGUCGGUAUAGCAACAAAGAUUGGCUUUACCUCAUAAAAUAUUUCAUAGCCAAAAAGCAAGUGAAAAUAUAUCAAGAUAAGUAUAAAAUUCAUCACAAGGACUUGGGUAACAAAUUCGAAACUGAAUUUGACAUACCGACAGUAAAGAACACCAAUUCCCACAGUUUUCAUGGGACAGAUCAGAGAGGGAAUAGUUUGUUGUUGAGGUUAUCUGUUGGACCUGCUGAAAUUGCCGAAUUGAGUUUGUAUUUGCAGCUAGCAGAUGGUAAUUCAUAUGUACUCCCAGGAGUAAAUAGCGUUUUACAAACGAAUCUCACAAAAAAGCAAUGGGCAAUCGGCGGAGCAAAAAUUGAACUUCUAGAGGAAUUCAGAAAACUGAGAAUUAUUUUCAAUGGAUUAUUGAGAAAUAUUUCAUAUACUACACAAGAAAGAAUCGAACAUGUGCAGUUCAAUUUCAUGUAUGUUAUUAACCAUAUUAGCGAAAAACUCCUGCAGACAAAUUAUUAUCAAUUUUAGGAUAAGACUAUUGAC